AUGUCCGACCAGGGAGAACUGUACGAGAAUUCCUGGAUUCUGUACCGUGUCCUGGACAGGUUUAUAGGAAACCAAGGAAUGGAGAUAUCUAUUUCAUUUCAAGUGAAAUGUGUAGACAGAAUAUUGCAGAUAUUUUUGGUGCUACUUUUUGUAGUGGAUAUAGACAUUAAUGGACCAGCUAGUACUAUUUUAGAUGAUGAAUCUAACGUAGGCGUUGAUCAAGAUUGUGUUAUUUCUUUUCCGUGUAGAAGUUGGCCAAGAGAGGCUAAUGAGUGGGUCAGAAGGCUUCGACUGCAUGAUUGGCCAAAGGAAACUUUGCUAGAUGAGAUAGUGAAAGGCGGUUGCCAUCUUGUCCCUGUAGGCGAUAAAACGUCUGGUGAUACAUUCCUACAAUGGAGAAUUUCAUUUGUCAUUGCGGAACGGAAACUUGUUCAUUCUCUCACCCACACCCAAUUCUUAGUGUACGGUCUGCUCAAGUACUUUUUUAAACAGACAUCUGGAAUGUUAAAAAUCCGACUGGGUGAUGUAGAUAUCAUUUCAUCAUACAUUAUUAAAACCGCCAUAUUCUAUGCAGUAGAAAACACAGAUCUAUCAAUAUGGCAAGAAAAGAAUAUAUUUCUUUGUUUCAUGCUGUGUUUGAAGAUAUUGAUGACGUUGGUGAAUGCAGGAUAUUGUCCGAAUUACUUCAUCAAUAGAAACAACAUGUUCCUUGGGAAACUUCACAAUGAAAAUAAAGGAAAACUUCUUGGAUGUCUCAGUGAACUCUAUAACAUGACAUGGAACUGUCUAUCAGUUGGAACUUUCAUACAGCCGUCGAUAGGAGAACGUAUUUAUAGAGUGAGAAAUGGAGACUUGGAGUAUGUACUGCCUACACCACAACAAUUAGAAAGGGAACGUGACAUGAAAAUAUUCACUAAAUUAUUUGCAAUCCUUUAUUAUUCUGAUGCACUCCCCAUUACCUUGAAACUUCUCUCUAAUUCAACGUCAGACUUGGAUGAAUUCGUAGCUUACUUAUCUACUGCAAAGGUAUUGCAAUGUACAGGGAUGGAGAAUUUUAAGAAGCACAUUUCUGUUCGUGGAAAUAAAGAAAAGUACAUCUCCCUUAGGAAAUGUAAAAAGUUUUUGACCCCACUAGCCAGAACAUGUACAAGCCCAGGACUACUGACGUUGGCAACAUAUCACUACCAGACUGGGAAUUACAAGAAAACACUAGAAAUGUGUGAGCACAUGAUCUCUUCGUGGAAGGUUUAUGUCAGUGACUGUUCAACAUAUAAGGGCAAAGACAGGUACGAACGCAUGUAUUGUGGACAUGGGUACAAUUUACUACAUAAAUGCCAGGAGGCGUGUGCGUCAUUCGUCAGUUUUGAUAACAACUGUAUCCAGUUCUGUCCUUCUCAGUUACACGUGGAGUUAGAAGGAAUCGAUGAUCCUACAAUUCCCCUUUUCAUCCCUCCACUCCCUUACGCUGUGUUCCUGUCUUUCCUGUGUUACCACAAACUCGGCGACACCAGGAGACGUGAUGCAGAAUUGGACCACCUUCGGGAUGUGAAGUAUGACGAACAAGGGGCUGGUAAACACUGGAUUGUACAUAAUCUCCUUGGUAUCUGUUUUGAGAUAGUUGGAGAUAUAAAAAUGGCUAUGAGGGAGUACCAGGAGUCCUUGCGUGGCAAAAUAACUGUUCUUUUUUCCCAACACCCAGCCACAAAAAGAAUAGAACGGUUGCAACAGUCACAACAAAAAUAAUUUUAAAAUCUUCAUUGUAAAGAAUGAUGAUGUACAAAAGCAUCACACCAAAUGUCAUUAAAUUGAGACAUGGUUCGUGGUGUGGUAAUUCAGUAAGAAUGAUUGUUAUUUUCUUCUUCUCUUUUAGUCAUUAGAUGAUCAAGUUAUUAACAAUCCUCAUCAGUUACUCUAUGACAGGGUAUGACCAAGGAACCGGCGGUGUCAAUUCAAAUCAGGAUGUUGGCAUUGUCUUAAUUGAAAUUCUUAAACAUUUAAACAUUCUGCACAGAAAAUUAGAAGCCUGAUGCAGUUUGACAGUAUUCCGCUGAAACGGUUGAAUACUAUUUCGCUUAUAGACAUUCUAUGCAGAAUAUUAAGAGAACUUUAUAUGUGUGAUGCAGAUUGAUAUUAUUUGGUUAAUAAUACUGCUCAGAAUAGUCAGAAAAAAAUCAGAUAUCUGAUGCAGUUUUGAUAGUAUUCCGAUUAUAAAUAAACUGCCAAGAUCAUGAAGAGAAAAUAAGUUAUCUGAUACAAUUUCAUAUUGUUCCGUUUAUAGAUGUACUGCCCAGAUUAUUCAGAGAAAAUUGCAUGUCUGAUAUUAUUCCACUUAUAGACAUACUGCCAAGAUUAAGAGACAAAGAAGGUGUCUCAUGCAGAUUGAUAUUAUUCAGCUUGAGACAUUCUGUUCAGAUUAUAAAGAGAAAACAUAUCUAAUGCAAUUUUAUGUUAUUCCCCUUCUAGACAUACUACGAAAUUAUUCAGAAAAAAUUAGUUUUCUGAGACGGUUUAAUACUAUUCCGCUUAUAAAUAUACUGCCCAGAUUAUUAAGAGAAAAGAAGAUGUCUGAUACAGUUUUGAUAUUUUUUCGCUUAUAGACAUACUGCCAAGAUUAAUAUUAUUAACAGAAAAUAAGAUAUCUGAUGCAAUUUCAUAUCAUUAUAUUUAUAGACAUACUGCCAAGAUUAUCAAGAGAAAAUAACAUAUCUGAUAUUACUCCACUUAUAGACAUACUGCCAAGAUUAUUAAAAGAAAUUGAGAGGUUUAAUACUACACUGUAUUUCCCUUAUAGACAUGCGGUCCAGAAUAUUCAGAGAAAAUCAAAUGUUUGAUUCAGUUUGAUAUCAUUCUGCUUAUAGAGACAUGCUGCCCAGAUUAUUCAGAGAAAAUUAAAAUGACGGAUGUAAGUUUUUUUUAUAUAUUUUGCCAAUAUUGUAUCUUUAACUUAAUUCAUUUUUGGUAAUGAAAGCCUAUACAGUCAUCAAGCUGUACAGAUAGAUAUUAGGUGAUCAGUCUCGAGAAUUUACUCUUUAUAUAUGUUAAAGGACUCAAACAACUAAAUAAUUCAUUAUAUGUUAUUACUAGUGACCCCAUCCCUUUAUUUGCUCAUUUGAAGUUCAAAUGAUGUGAAAUCUAUAUCAAAUUUAAGUUUGAAGUUUUUUCUAUCAGAUAAAUGUUGUUACUGUAUAGGUUUAAUGGCAUAAAAGAGCACUCGAAAGUAGUCGAAAGACUAGUACUGUAACCCUGAUAUUUACAGUACACUGGGGAACCCCCACCUGGGGAAUUACUGCCCUUUUAAACCACGAAUCCUACGUCAUUCUAUUUUCAGUAGGAACGUAUAUUUGAUUUUCUAAAUCUCAAGACCCUACUCUUUAUUCUCGUAUAUAGAAAGUACCCAUUUCUGAUUUAUUAACUCAGGAAACAGCUACAAACCUAAGAAUCACAUUUUCCUCAGAGACUUGGCUCAUGUGAAACACCAGCUCAUUUGCUGAUUUAGUUUUGAGUCCUAAAUGUUACGAAAGACAAGGGUAUAUUGAACUUAAUGAAUAAUUGUAUAUCGACAUCAACAUUUUGUAAAAAAAAUUCCCUUUCCAUUUUUAUUUUUUUGCUUGUUUUUGUUUUGUAUUUUGUUUUGUUUUUUAAUAAUAAGACACAUUAGGUGACAUCAUGCUAUCAAGGUUAUUUAUAUCAUACACAAGGUUUUACUUGUUGCCAAUUCUGCCAAUCACGGAAUCGUGAAUGAUUGUUACAUAUACACGAUUUGUGUGUGGGCGGCCAUAUUUGUUGUACACAUAUGUUAAUGGUGUGGCGGCGUGUGACGGGGUAUGCCUACUCACAUUUGGUACACGUGAUAGGUGUGGUGUGGAUGUGUGUGGAAUAACUGAAUUUUCAGCUUCACAUGUACAUAUAUGUAAAAUAUCAAUGACAUUUCCAUAUAAUAGGUUGGCAUAGUUGACCGAUGUACUGUUAACAUAGAGUUGACGCACACAUGUACUGUUGGCAGAGUUGACACAUGUAUUGUUGCCAGAGUUGACACAUAUACUGUUGACACUGAUUGACACAUACACUGUUGUCAGAGUUGACACAUGUACUAUUGUAAGAGUUGACACGUACUGUUGACACUGAGUUGACACAUAUACUGUUGUCAGAGUUGACACAUGUACUGUUGUCAGAGUUGACACAUGUACUGUUGUCAGUUGACACAUUGUACUGUUGUCAGAGUUGACACAUGUACUGUUGACACUGAGUUGAUACAUAUGUACUGUAGUCAGAGUUGACACAUGUACUGUUAAAACACAGUUGACACACAUGUACUGUUGACACUGAGUUGACACAUGUACUAUUGUAAGAGUUGACACAUUGUAAUGUUAACACAGAGUUGACACAUAUGUACUGUUGUAAGAGUUGACACAUGUACUGUUGACACUGAGUUGACACAUGUACUGUUGUCAGAGUUGACACAUAUACUGUUGUCAGAGUUGACAUAUUGUACUAUUGACACUGAGCGGACACAUGUACUGUUGUCACUCAGUUUACACACAUGUACUGUUGUCAGAGUUGACACGUGUACUGUUGUCAGAGUUGACACAUAUACUGUUGACACUGAGUUUACACACAUGUACUGUUGACACUGAGUUGACACAUUUUACUGUUGUCAGAGUUGACACAUGUACUCUUAACAUAGAGUUGACACAUGUUGGUUUUUCAGCAUGUUACCGGUAAUUAAAACAGAACUACACUUUCAUCACUAAUUUUAUUUUACACCAAGUAUUGUGUUACAUACAGUUGAUGACUUAAAAAGUACAAAUAAAAAAUUACUACAUACAUCUUUAAGUUGAUUUUGUGUUAACAUGUUAACCAAUGUCAUGCAUUUUAGAUGAAAUCUGACAAAUAUUGAAAAAGGUUAAAAAAAAUUAUUAAAUGUGUUCGUCAUUAAAUAUUUAUGUUUUUGGAAAGAAAACCAGUUUGUAUAAUAAUGUUGUACAGUGUAUAUCCAAAACUUUACAAUGGAACCUCUCUAAAAUGAACCCCUGCUUAAAACAUAUUUCUGUGGUGUACAUGUAGCUCUCACCUGUUACCUAAUGGUGCUAAAAAUAUUUCAAAUAACUAAGUUGAUUGAUAACAUAACAGGCCAGUUAUUGUUGUUGUACAACAGGAAGGUUCGUUAAAAGUUGAUCAGGGUAAUUUUUAAACAAAAAGCAUUUGAUCCUUAUAGAUAACAGUUGUAAUAUCACCAUGACCUAUACAUAAAUAAAUAGAGUAAUCAUGCAGAUAAGAUAGGACAAAAAACAAUACAUGUCAUACAUCAUUCAAAUCAUUAUGGAUCUUUAGAAGAAGUUGUUUGAAUUAUUUUUAUCCUUUCAAUUUGACCUUAAACAAUUUUUCCCCCCCCCUCUAGGCAGUAAAUUUAUCCCCUGGAGCAGUAAACCUAAACCUCUCCUCUCGGGCAGUAAGCAUAUCCCCCCGAGCAGUAAACCCCUCCCCUGGGGCAGUAUACAUCUCUCCUUUGGCAGUAAACUUAUCCCCAGGAGCAGUUAACCCCUCCCCUGGGGCAGUAUACAUCUCUCCCUGGGCAGUAAAUUUCUCUCUCGGGCAGUAAACUUAUCCCCCGGAUCGGUAAACCUAAACCUCUCCCCUGGGGUAGUAAACCCCUCCCCUGGGGCGGUAAACAUUUCCCACUUGGCAGGUAAGCAUUAAGUGGCUUUUUAUCAACUCUUGGUCUUCAGAAGAGGCAUUGGUCAAUGCCAUCACACAGCUAUAUCAGGUGCAUGCACAUUGGUUAAGGCAAGUUAAACAAUAGAAAAUAGCUACAUGUAUGCACCAAUUAAUUAAUAAAUUAGUGGUAUAUGGGAAAGCUAAAGAGGUUCCACCUUAACUGUAUUCUGCAAUAUUUAGAGAGAGCAGAAGUCAUGCAACACAUCUCAUUCUUAUAUUUAGAUGAAAAUUUUGGUAAUAUUACUCUGUAAGCCAUACUAUCGUGAAGUUUCAAAGUAACCAAGGAAACUCCAGGAUAUCCAGACAUCAACACAGAAGCAUUCCAGGAAAAAUCCAGACAUCUACAUUCACCGGAAAAAACUUUUCGAUUUUUAAUCUACAUGAUCAACUAAAUAUACAUGACAUCGGGAAAAAGAGAGUCAAAAACAUAUCUGAAUAGAAUAUUAAAAUAUUUGUUCUUUUUUCACAUGUAGAUACGAAAAAAAAAAA